AUGAGUGAAAAGCUGCUUGUGUUUCCCUCAGGAGUGGCUGGGCAAAAUGCAGAGUUGCAGGUGAUCCAGCCUGAUAAGUUUGUGUCGGUGGCUGGGGGAGAGACGGCCACUCUGCGCUGCUCUGUGACCUCCCUGCUUCCCGUGGGCCCUGUCAAGUGGUUUCGGGAGAGAAUGAGUGGCCGGGAGGAGAUCUACAAUUACGGAGGAAAAGGCCACUACCCCCGAGUCACCAAUGCUUCGGAUGCCACCAAGAGAGACAAUGUGGACUUUUCCAUCCGCAUCCGUGACAUCAGUCCGGCUGACAUGGGCACCUACUACUGUGUGAAGUUCCGGAAGGGGAUCACCAAAGAUGUGGAGUUCAAGUCUGGACCAGGCACUCAGGUCACUGUAAGUGGUGAGUGCUCUGUGGGAUCCUUUUUCCUGUUUUGUGACCAGUGA